AUGGACGCCGCUGCGGUGAUCGGGUGUUUCAGGGACAGGAGCAUCCUAAUCACCGGCUCCACGGGCUUCCUCGGGAAAAUGCUGGUGGAGAAGAUCCUAAGGGUCCAGCCGGAUGUGAGGAAGCUCUACCUCCUUGUGCGCGCGCCAGACGCCGCAUCCGCCGAGCAUCGCGUGCUCACCGAGGUUGUAGCAACAAAACUUUUUGAUGUUCUGCGAAGCAAGCAUGGAGCUGAUUUCAACUCUUUUAUCAAAAAUAAAAUUUCCCCUCUACCUGGAGACAUCACUAAGGAAACCUGUGCACUCAGAAAUUCUAUGGUUGAACAGAUCUCUGAGGAUAUCCAUGUCAUUGUGAGUGUAGCUGCAACUACUAGCUUCUAUGAGAGAUAUGAUGUCGCUCUGGCAUCAAAUACCUUAGGAGUUGCCCACGUGUGCGAUUUAGCAAAGAAGUGUGCUAAUCUUAAAAUGCUCCUUCAUGUUUCCACUGCUUUCGUAGCCGGGGAGCAAGAAGGCCUGUUAUUGGAGAAGCCGUUUGAUGUAGGCAAAGCACUAAAGAAAGACUAUAACUUGGACAUCCAAUCUGAGAUAAAAUUAGUUGAGAGUGUCAAGUCAAAACUCAGGAUACAAUUCUCUAAUGACAAGAUAGAGAAAAGGAAAAUGAAGGAACUUGGAUUGAAAAGGGCUAGGCACUUUGGUUGGCCUAACGUGUAUUCACUCACAAAGGCCAUGGGGGAGAUGUUGCUAGGAACCUUAGGACGAGACCUUCCAGCUGUCAUAGUACGGCCAAGCAUCAUAUCUAGCACUUUCCAAGAACCAAUGCCUGGUUGGACGGAGGGAACUAGGACAAUGGAUAUGUUGUAUGUUGCUUACAAUGACCAGAAACUUCCGUGUUUUAUCGCUGAUCGUACUGUCAUUGUCGAUGUGAUACCAGGAGACAUGGUAAUUAAUGCACUGAUGGUCGCCAUGGCCAUUCAUUGGGACACACAUGGAACACAGGCAAUUUACCAUGUAACCACAGGCCAUCGGAACCCAUUGCUUUUUUCCACUUUUCUGGAAUCAGGCUAUGAGUAUUUCCGCUCUAAUCCUCGUGUAACCAAGGACGGGAGGAUUGUCAAGGAUAGAAGGGUGAAAUUUUUCAAGACAUAUACAUUUUUUCGUUUAUACAUGAUCCUGCGGUAUAACCUAGCAUUAGAGACGUUGCAUGUGAUGAGUGUAUUUGGGCAUUCAUUGUCCCAGCAUUACAAUAAGCUCAAACGUGGCUACAAUUUCCUGAUACUUGUCGCCAAGUUGUACGCCCCAUAUGCGUUCUUCAAAGGGUGCUUUGAUGACACGAACAUGAGAAAUUUGUGGGCAAUAACCUCUACAGACCAGCUGAAGGAUGGAUCCACGUUUGAUUGUGAUCCUGCAUGCAUCGAUUGGGGCUCAUAUCUCAUCAACACACACAUUCCGGCUGCUCUAACAUAUGCUCGCAAUAAUAAUUAG